AUGCCACUGCCCUCCUCUGCCCUUCACCCCAAACACCCUGGCUGGGCCCUGGAGGCCCCCACAGAUGCCCAGGGCUCUCUGGAGCCUGCAGUUUGCGCCUUUUCUGACCAGCAGUUUGACUGGUGCCAAGAGCCUGAGGCCAGCCGCAGCCGCAGCAGGCUCAGCCCUGGACACUUUGGCCUAACACUACCAUGCGCAGGAGCCCGGGAUGGCGAGCAGGAGAGUGCCUGGCGGAGUGGCACGUGCAGCCCAGGACUCCCGGCUCCCACUUCCUGCUCUAGUCCAGGGCCAAGGCUUGUGUUCAACCGAGUGAACGGCCGGCGGCCCCCUACCACAUCCCCAUCCACCGAGGCGACCCAGGAGACCUACACGCUGGCCCACGAGGAGAAUGUCCGCUUUGUGUCCGAAGCCUGGCAGCAAGUGGAGCAGCAGCUGGGUGGUGGCCCAGCCGGUGAGAGCAGUCCGAGGCCUGUGCAGUAUGUCGAGAGGACCCCCAACCCCAGACUGCAAAACUUCGUGCCCAUCGACCUGGAUGAGUGGUGGGCACAGCAGUUCCUGGCCAGAAUCACUAACUGCUCCUAGCCGCCGCUUUGGAAGGAACGUCGCCUGCACGGGCCUGGCCCUGCCACAUGGCAGACCCUCUGCUAGGAGAAGACCACGUGUACCCACUGCAGCAGGUGUUUCCCUCUGGGCCAGGCUGGAUGCCAGCCACACCUGAAGUGCCAGCAUUUGGACUUUUGUACCUUCUGACCCCUUGGCCCAGCUGUGCCAGGCUGCCAGGGGCUGAACCUGUCUGACCUCAAUCCUGCUCACUGUGCCUGGGGACCAGCCCCUGGGGCUGGUAUGGCAGAGCUCCAGGUUAAUAAAGUCAAGAAACUGCC